AUGGAACGUUCAGUAUCAGCGACAGCCUUUUUCACGGUCCUUGUUGGUGAUUUCUCUGAGAAAUUGAAAAUGCCAAGAGCUUUUGUCACCCACUUCAAUGGACCAGCACUUUGCAAACUUCAAGGCCCUACUGGAAAAUCCUGGGAUGUGAAAUUGGAAGAGAAAAAUAAUGAAAUUUUCUUCCAUAAAGGCUGGAAGAAGUUUCUGAAGGAUAAUUUUUUGGAUGGAGGAGACUUUCUGGUUUUCAAUUAUGAUGGUGAUUCGUGUUUCAGUGUGACAAUCUAUGAUGAAAGUUCAUGUGAAAUGGACAUGGAAGUAGCCAAGACAAAGAGAAGUGGCGGUGGUCGAAGAAGGGAUCACAUUUGGCCUGGGGAGUCAAGAAUCAUUGAGUUCAACUCAAAGCAUUUUUGCUUCAAGAGGACUUUUACGAAGCACAAAUUGUAUCAGCUGACCAUUCCUAUAAAGAUAGUCAGGGCAAAGCUUCAGAUGAGCAAGCAGAUUUUGGAGCUUCGGGAUCCAAAAAACAUGUCAUGGCCUGUUACAGCGACUCCCAUCCCAGAUGGUCGUCUACUUAUGACCACAGGCUGGUGUGAUUGUUGCAAGGCGAACAAGAUUGAGGAAGGGCACACCAUUGUCUUUGAGUUUGUGAAGGGACAUGUGAAGCUCCACAUCUUUAGAUCUGAGGGGUGUAAUGUGAUACUCAUAGGUCCAAAUGUCAUAGAUUGA